CCUUGGCAGCACAUUUUAAAAUGCAACUGAAAAACCAGGAAGUGACUGAGAGUGGCACUGCCACAUUACUUUGUGAGUUGACCAAGGCUGUGGAUUCUGUCGCGUGGAUGAAGGAUGAAAAGGUACUGAAACCAAGUGACAAAUACAGAAUGAGGCGAGAAGAAGAGUUAAAAAGCAAGGAGGUGACAGAGGGGGAAUCAACCACGCUGCAGUGCAAGCUGAACAAGGCAGCUCCUGUGGAAUGGUACAAAGGACCAAGGGCACUGAAAUCAGAUGGAAAAUACCAACUAAAACAGGAAGGUCCUUGUGCUGAGCUGGUGAUCCAGGAUUUGGAUGUCACUGAUUCUGGAGAUUACAUGUGCAAAUGUGGAGGACAGCAGACCACAGCUAGACUGACCAUAAAUGCCCUGCCGGUCCUUUUCAUCAAACCCUUGAAGGAUGAAGAAGCUACAGAAGGCAAAACUGCCACUCUGCAGUGUGAGCUGAACAAAACUUCUGCCCCCAUAGAGUGGAGGAAAGGGCACAAGACCCUUAAGUCAGGAAGCAAGUAUAAAAUGAAAUGUGACGGGGGAGUUGCUGAGCUAGUUAUUCGAAACUUGGAGCUAACAGAUUCUGGAAACUACAGUUGUAUAUCUGGAGAACAGCAAACCAUGGCAACUUUAGAAGUCAAGGCUCUGCCUGUGCGCUUCCAAGAAGAGCUCACAAGCCAGGAGGUCUUGGAAGGAACAGCGGCUGUCCUGCGCUGUGCCUUAAGUAAAGCUGCUCCAGUGGCUUGGAGAAAAGAGACACAGACGCUCCACCCAAGUGCUAAGUACAAAAUCAGACAGAGAGAAAACGUUGCUGAGCUCACAAUCCAGGAUGUCAUUGAACAGGAUGCGGGAGAAUAUUCCUGUGUCUGUGGAGAUCAAACCACGUCUGCUGCUAUAACUGUGCAGGCCUUACCUCCACGUUUCAACGUAGAGCUGAAGAACCUGGAAGCUGCAGAAGAUGGAGCAGCUACUCUGCGGUGUGAGCUGACCAAAGCUACUGCUCCUGUGGAGUGGUGGAAGGGCAGUGAGGUGCUUAAGCCAAGUGACAAAUAUGAAAUGAAACUGGAAGGGGUUGUUGCUGAACUUGUUGUUCAUGGCUUGCAACUGGCAGAUACUGGUGAUUACAGCUGCACCGUUGGUGAUUCGAAGACUUCAGCUUUCUUAAGGGUGAAUGCUAUCCCUGCCCUCUUCAAGAAAGGUCUGGAGGCUAAAGAGGCAUCAGAAGGUGGAACUGUUGUUUUCCAGUGUGAGCUGACAAAAGCAGCUUCUGUGGAGUGGAGAAAGAAGCAUAAGACGCUCAGAGCAAAUGACAAAUACAACAUAAGGCAGGAAGGUCCUGUGUCAGAGUGUGCGAUCCUCAACCUGGAACUUAGAGAUGCUGGAGAAUACUCCUGUGUAUGUGGGGAUCAGAAAACAACUGCGGCUCUGGCUGUUCAUGCCCUACCUCCCCAGUUCAAACUGGAACUGAAGGAUGUGGGAGCCACUGAAAACGGAACAGCAACACUGCAUUGCGAACUCACCAAAACUGCUCCAGUGGAAUGGAUGAAGGAAGAAAAUAAAUUAAAAGGAGGUGACAAAUACCAAUUAAGACAGGAAGGAGCUGUUGCAGAGUUGGUGAUACAUGAUUUAGAUGUUGAGGAUGCUGGAUGUUACACCUGUAAAUGUGGAGACCAGAAAACAUCAGCUGUCUUGACUGUUAACGCCCUCAAGCCAGAAUUCACACAGCAGCUGAAGAAUGAGAAAGCGGAAGAGGGUGGCACAGCCAGAUUACGCUGUGAGGUCACAGUCGCUAAAGCCCCAGUGGAAUGGCAUAAAGGCGGUAUAACACUUCAUGCUAGUCCCAAGUAUGAAAUGAGACAGGAUGGUGGCAUCCGUGACUUACUCAUUCACAACUUGGAGCCCAAAGACAGUGGAGAGUAUUCUUGUAGCACUGGAGACCAAACCACAUCUGCCGUGUUAUCCGUGAAAGAAUUGGAUAUCACCAUCCUCCGGGAGCUGAAAAAUGUUGAGGUAUUUGAAGAGGAAGAUGUAACCUUUGAGUGCAAAGUCUCCCAUGACAAUGCAAGGGACUCGUUAAGUCAAUUGGAUAUAACCAUCAUCCGGGAGCUGAAAAAUGUUGAGGUAUUUGAAGAGGAAGAUGUAACCUUUGAGUGCAAAGUCUCCCAUGACAAUGCAAGGGACGUGGAGUGGAAAUUGCAGGAUUUGCCUCUUCAGAGCAAUGAGGUGAACGAGAUCUCGGUUGAGAAAGGCAGGGUCCACAAGUUGAUGCUACGGAAGGUCACCCAGCAGGAUUCUGGCAUGAUCACCUUCAGGGUGGGACCAUAUACCUCCACAGCACAGCUCAAAGUGAAGGCACCACUUCCUGUCUUUAAACAAGAGCUAACUAACAUAGAAUUGCAAGAAGGUAACACGGCUUUCCUAAAAUGUGAACUCUCUCAGCCCAACAUCUCAGUGAUAUGGAAAAAAGGCUCUGAAAUCAUUGCUCCAAGCUCCAAGUAUGAAAUCAGCCAGGAGGGAACAAUCCACAUUUUAAAGAUUUAUCAUGUAAAUCCAAUGGAUUCUGGAAAAUAUAUCUGUGACAUUGGUCACCAGAAAAGCACGGCAACUCUAUCAGUGGAAG